UAUUGUGUUAUGAUUGUUAUUUGUUAUGAAUGUUUUAUAAAUGAAGUUAAAUAUUUCGAAUUUUUUAUGUUGAACGUAGAUCACGAUUUAUUCGACAUUUAAUAUAACCUUAACGGCUUAACGUCUUUAACCUCCUAAGUAGAGUUAUAGUUCAAAUACUUUUUUUCCAUUUUUGUUUACAAUAAUUAUUAAUAUAUUUUCGACCAUGGUAAAUUCAUUUUGGAAUAAUCUAACUAAUUCAAGAUUAAAAAAAAAUAAUUUUAUCCAAAAACAAUCAGAGGCCUAAUAGAUUGUAUUGAAAUUAUUGUGAAAAAUGUUGCCUUUGAAACCACCAGUACCUAAAAAAAAUGUAAAAAAUAUUAAACUGGUUAAUUUUCCAAUUUUUGAUGAAAAUGGAGACAUUUUUGAUCCAAAUGCAUGGCCAAAAUAUCAAGGAAUUUUUAAUGGGAGAGUUAUUAUCAUCAACGAUUUAAACGACAAAUCACGUCUUUGCAAUUUGGGUUGUUUUGGACAAUUUGGUAUAAUUGACAAAGACAAAUUCAUAGACUACAAAACUCUACAAAAUCAAGUGUUAAGGCAAAAAAAGAAUUGGCAAGCAAUGGAAUUAGUACCUUUUGAAUUUCCUAAUAACAACCAAAAUUAUGAAGAUAAAAAAAACGCACGUACCAAAUUCCAAAAACCUCAUGACGCUAAUAAGCCAACUUAUAAUAAUUGGAAAGAUUUAAAAUCAAGUCGUUCUACAGAAUAUGAACAACUGUUAAUUCUAUCUGGUGUUCAACAUGAAUUAUCAUAUUUUCUACUUUUAGAAGAAGCUUUUUUUUUAUGUUACACUUUGGAAUGUUUGGAAAUGCGAAAAGAGAAUGGUUCAUUAAUGAGUGUAGUUGAAUGUUGGAAGCAAUUUAAUGGUUUGAAAAAAAAUUUUCCAUAUUAUUAUGCAGCCUAUCAUUAUUAUAGAUCAAAAGGAUGGGUUGUUAAACCGGGACAACAAUAUGGUGGAGAUUAUGUACUGUACAAAUCAUCUCCAACAUACUAUCAUUCUUCAUAUGUGGUUGUGAUUAGUGCUAAUGGUCAAAAUAGUGAAUUGUUACCAUCGUGGCCUUCAUGGUAUGGAUGUGGUCGAGCAAUAGAAGCUGCUAGUAAAGAUUUACUUAUAUGCACAGUUCUUGGUCCUGAGUAUGAAGAAGAAAUGCUUAUCGAUCUGUCACAGUACACUAUUAAUGACAUUAUAGUAAGACGUUGGGUGCCAUCUCAAAACAGAAAAAAACCUUAAUGUUGUUAAUAUGAAUAAACUUUACACAAAAACAGUAUAUUGUGUGACUAAAAACAAAAAUAUACAGAUUUAAUGAUUAA